AAAAUCGAUACAUGUCAAGGUUAAUUUUUUUGUUGAGGCCGAAAUAUCUUUGGCCGGCAGCGGCAGGAUUACCCUAACCACAGGAAACCCAAGUUGAUAGUGUAAAAACGAGGUUUUGCAAGAUGGCGGCAAAUUCUGAAAUAAGUGCUCCGCUUCAAUAAUGAUCGCCUUAGUCUUGGAGAGAUAUUUACACAAUAAGUCCUCUUAAACGGCUAGUGAUUCCGGGGAAUUACCUAAUAAUAACAUUGCAAAGAAAUGUCGCAACCACUGAAAAUACUUGUUUGUGGCGAUGUCAAUGGAAAAAUCAACCAGCUGUAUAACAGAGUUAAAACCGUUUUAAAGAAAAACCCAGGCUUUGAGAUGCUUCUUUGUGUUGGAAGUUUUUUUAGUGGCUCAGAAGAAACUCACAGGGAGUGGGAUUCCUACAUGAAAGGAGAGCUGAGAGCUCCAAUCAUUACAUACAUCCUUGGACCAAAUGAUCCAGAGGAAAUGAAGUAUUUUGAGGCUGAUUUUCUGGAAGAUGGCACAGAGCUGUGUGAGAAUAUCACUUAUCUAGGAAGAAAAGGUGUUCUAAAGACCCCAUCAGGAUUACAGAUUGCUUAUCUUAGUGGCACAGAUAAAGCUGAGGGCCUAAAGGGUGGCUGUGUGUUUUCUGAACAAGAUGUUGCUUCACUUGAAAGUAAAUCCAAUGAAGAGAAUUUCAAGGGUGUUGACUUACUUUUGACAUCUUGCUGGCCACAAGAUGUUGCCAAGUUUACCAAGAAACCUAGUGAUGUGGAAACAAUACCACCUGGAUCUACAACUGUAUCACAACUUGCUUCCAAGCUUAAGCCCCGCUAUCACUUUGUUGGAAAAGAAGGAAUUCACUUUGAGAGAGUGCCAUACAGGAACCACCAGGUACUUCGAGAGCCUGCUAGACAUGUUACCAGAUUUAUAGCACUGUCAUACAUUGGAAAUCCACAGAAGAAAAAGUACAUGUAUGCAUUCAACAUCGUUCCCAUGAGUGCCAUGGAUGCCAGCAAGUUAACUGAACAACCUGAUGAUGUGACAGAGAAUCCAUAUGGCAAGCAGGUGUCAAAUGCCCAAUCACAGCCUGUACAGAAGCCUGCUUCUGGUGGAUUCUUCUUUGACAUGAGUAAAGCCGCUGGGCAGGGUCAGAAGCGCAGGGGACCAGGGGCAGAUGGUAAUCCACCAAAGCAGCCGCGGAAAGGACCGCCUCCUACCAAAGGACCUUGCUGGUUCUGCUUAGGAAGCCCUAAUGUCGAGAAGCACUUGGUAGUCAGCGUAGGGAACAUGACUUACGUGGCGUUGGCAAAAGGCGGUCUGGUCCCGGAGCACGUGCUGGUUUGCCCAAUUGCUCAUUUUGAGUCCACAGUCAAGCUUGAUGAGGAGACACUAAUGGAGCUGGAAAAAUACAAACAAGCCCUGAAGAAAAUGUUUAAGAAGAAAGGUCGAUCAUGUGUGAUGUUCGAGAGAAACUUUUAUACCCAGCAUCUGCAGCUACAGGUUAUUCCAAUACCGAAAAUACCAGAAGAUGAAGUAAAGGAGGCCUUUCGUGGGCAUGCAGAAAUGAAAGGAAUGGAAAUGACAGACUUGGCCAGUGGUACUGACCUAAAACAGGCUGUUCGUAUUGGAGCCCCGUAUUUCGUCGUCGAGUUUGAAAGCGGGGAUCGCAUGCUGCAUAGGGUCCGGGGCAAGAUGGACCUCCAGUUUGGCAGGGAAGUGGUGGCUUGCGACUCCCUUCUGAACAUGCCCGAAAGGAUCGACUGGAGAGAAUGUAAAGUCUCCGAAAUGCAGGAGAAGGAUAUGGUCGCCACUUUCCGGAAAGAUUUCGCGCCAUUUGACUUCAACUGAUUAAACGUUCCACAAGUGCAAGGUCUAAAAGUCAUCGAUCCAACGAUAAGGCUGGACGCCCACGUGAUAAAUGUCUUCAAAACGACAAGUCGCUGGUGAUCUAGACAUUUAUUUUAGUAGUAACCCAGGUCGUGAACUAUUGCGAGUAGAAAAAUCAUGUUCACAAUAUGUUGUGUUACACCGUUAAUCAGGCAUGGGACGCUAAAGAUUGACUUCUUGCUUGUAUGGGUACACAAGCUCUUCUGGUUGGCGUUUUUAAAAAAAUUAAUAAAUCAUUAAUAAAAGACAAA